UUGAUUUUGUGUUUUUUUCAGGAUAGAAGGUAUAUUCGCUUGACGGUUGAUGAUCCUGUGAGUAAUUAAGGUGGUAUUAAUUGCAUACUUUCUUGAUUUGGGUUCAUUGUGAUCCAUGGGGAUCUUCGAAGAAAUGGGAUUUAAACGGAAAUCUUGAUUUCCUUUCGGCUCCCAACUGCGAUGGAGAACGGGCUCCUGAAACCGAACAAGACGCACCCAUGGAGGAAGAUUACAGUGAGAAGAAAUGGACGUUGAUGAGCUCGAAAGGAGGAUGCGGCGAGACCGGAUGCUUUUAAGGUGGCUCAAAGAUCAAAGCAAAGGUUCUACAGGAAGUGCUAAGUUUGUAUUCUGUACCAGAAGCUUCGUUUGCCAAAGCUUGCAUCAUCAUAGAUAAGAUGGGGAAAAUACCCAUGGAGGAGAUCAAGAAAGAGCUGAAGUUGGUUGAUUUAUCAAAUGAAGCUAUUGAGGAUCUAUUGCAAGUUCUUUCCAUGAAGUCUUUAACGGAGUUGGAAGAUUCUUGCACAAAUACACGAAUCGAGGACUGUUACAUUGUGUCCGGGGACGAUUGUGUAGCCGUGAAGAGCGGUUGGGAUGAGUACAGGAUCGCAUACGGUAUGCAGACCCAACAACUUGUAAUCCGACGGCUCACGUGCAUUUCACCAACGACUGCGGUCAUUGCUUUAGGAAGUGAAAUGUCGGGCGGCAUUCAAGACGUCCGAGCCGAAGAAGUAGCCAUCAACUCCAAGUCAGGAGUCCGGAUCAAAACCGGUGUCGGAAGAGGAGGGUUCGUGAAGGACAUAUACGUAAAAGGGUUCACCAUGCACACAAUGAAAUGGCCGUUUUGGAUGAUGGGUAACUACGGGUCCCACCUUGAUGACAAUUGGGACCCGAAUGCGAUCCCCGUUAUCUAAAACAUAAACUACCGAGACAUGGUGGCGGAAAAUGUCACCAUGGCGGCUAGAUUGGAGGAAAAGUUGCCGAAGAUGUUAAAGUUCAUAUGUGUUAUUACAAACCAAACUACAAUUUGAAAUGUAAACUUUUGAUUUCAGUAUAAUGAAUUUGAUCGUCAUUAAUC